UGUCAUAGAUUUCGUUUUCGUAAAGAAAGGAAAAAUCUAGAAUCGGAACUUACGUGUUGCGAUCUGAAGAAUUUGCAUAGCGGAAUUUGUAAUUAUUUUUGUUUAAACACAGCUGAAAUUUAAGCAGCACGUAGUGCUAGGUUCCGUCGUCAUGUCUUUCAGUUGACUGUCGAACUUGUUAACUUACAACUUUUUGGUUUAAACUAAAUUCUGAGUAUUUCCUUCCCUACGCCGAGCGGAAUAUAUGCUGUAUAUAAGAUCUAUGAUAUUAGAGCGGUUAAUUUACGAGCGCAUUAUCUUAAAAAUAAUAUGUGACCGCAAAGCGGAACUCAUAUUACAACAAUGCGUGCCCGGAUUUUACCACUGGUUUCCACAGGUCAGUUCGCACUUACCACAUCACCAGAGCGAUGAAAAGGAGGUCACGCAAUGAUCAUGCAGACUGGAAAUUUUAAGCGGAGGUUUUCAACGAGAUUGCAUUUCAUUUAUCUUUCCCUGUGACGUAAAAAGAAUAGAAGUCUCCUGUGCUAGGCGCUCAUAUUAAAAAAAAAAAAAAAAAAAAAAAAAAAAAGGAAAAAGUUCUGUUAAGUUGAUAAGAUGUGUAAAGUACAAAAUUUGUUGAUUUGAGAUUGAUAACCUGCAUUGAAAACAAGUCACAAUGACAUCAAUACGUACCGAAAAUUCAAAGUAAAAUAGGCAUAAGUGGCUAAGUUACUUUAAACAAAGCUAUCGUACUGAAUGUCACACAGACAAAAAGAGCUUGAUAACUUCAAAGAGAUUAAAAAUCCUUGGGACUUACAACACGAUAGCGUUAAUAAGAACGAAGAACCAUCUUAUAUUUACGUCAUAAUUCUAUUUUCAUUUUCAUCGUAUUGGUGCCGUUGUCACAAAAGAAAUGCGUGUUGACGGUGAAAGGAAGACAUAAGUGUGAGACAUAACCGUGAGACAUCGUUACUGCUUGGAAUGUUUUUGUUCACUCGACUAAGAAGUUGGACCCGUGAUUACCACAGCCCAAAACUAGUUUCCAAAGAGCUAUGCCGAAGUAUUCACCGCAUACAGCAAGUUAAGUGUUCACGUUUCUUUGGCACUCUGAGGAAAAUACUGAACUGAUUUUGGCUGAUAUGUAUUCACUACACGACAUUACAAGCGUUUGUCCAAAAUUGGAGCCGCUGGCUUCUGACGAAUCUUGCUGUCGCGAAGAAGAAAGUUUAAGAUUGAUGAAUCACGCUAAUGGACAGAUGGAAACACUCGUACGUGUUUCUGCUGAGAACAACAACGGUUUAAUGAUGGAAUCGGGCCAGUUGGAUGUGUAUGGAAAGACACCUUGUGUGGAAAUGAGUGUGUACGAGGGAAUAACGACCAACAACACGAUCGCUUACGAAGUGAAAUCGAUGGCAACCGUCGUGAAAACGCUGCCUGCUGAUGCCUACCAUGGGAAUGCUUCGGGCCAAAUGUCUUAUGCAACGGUCAAGAUUCCUUACGAAAUCAAAUCGAUUGGAACUAUCGAGAAACCGAUUCCUUUCGGAAGCAAGCCGAAUGGAAUCGAGAAAUCGCGGCCAGAUGAAGCUUACCAUUCGAAUACUUGUGGGCAAAGAUCUAACGGGGCGAUUAAGAUUCCAUACGAAAUCAAAUCGAUUGGUUCUAUCGAGAAGCCACUUCUGCCAGAGGAUUCGUAUCCCACGAGUGUCUCCGAGGAGAUGCCCCAUGGAAAGAUUUUGAACGUGUACACAGUUCCAGUUUACGAAAACGGUGGCAGUCAUGAAGUUUACUAUUAUCCCAUGGAGAGUGAUACCCAAGAAGGAGGAGCAAUUUCACAGACCUCCCAAGCUGGGACUCCUGUUAGUUAUGUUUACGACAGUGGCUAUGACCCCUGCGAAAGAACCCGGAGCAAACCAGAAGUGACACCUUCACCAGCGGGACUGGCCGCUUACCAGUCGAGUACUUACGGGACAAUUCCGCGUGAUCAAUUGGGUCCUGAUAGAUUGUCACCACCAUACGAUGUGCUUAAUCAAGAAAAGGCACCAGGUCUCCAAAUGAAUACCUUCAGGGGUACCCACAGGGCCUUGACCCCGUAUGAGAUAGGAGCUCAGCCAAGACCCAGUUGUAAUUGUUCUUGUCAUCAUUCCGAUCCAGGUUCCUCUCAUUUUCCCGCCUUUGGUUUGAGAAAUGAACGUCCUUCUGUCAUCAUGGUUCCUGCAACAUGGAAUGGUGAGGUCAUGAGCGAUGCAGCAGGCAAGUUUGAAUCCACCGCCCAUGGAAUCAGACAGGAUCUGCAACAGAAAGAAUACCAUGAAUUGGACGAUUCUGACUCAUCAGAUGAUGGCGAUGAAGAUGGUAAACAUGAAAAGUAUUUCCGCAAGAAUAUCGACGGAACUACGGCGAGAUUUAAGCUGUCCAAAGAAGACUGGAAGAGGAUUCCAAUCAACACAUUCCCCAGCGGUGGCCGAUUAUUGAGUGGCGACUGGACACGAAUCUUCCUUAGCAAAGUCAAAGAAAGCAACCCAUGGUGCAGUUUGCGCUUCAAGAAUAAUCACGUAAGAUCAGAAAACUCUCGAAAAAUCCACUCAGCGGUGUUCUUCAGAGGAGGUGCAGAAUGCAAGCGACCAGAGUGUAACGUGAAGGUGCGAUUUGUGAUCCGAAAAGAAAAAGGAAAACACGUGGAGGUGACAUACGUCGGAAAUGUUUGUCACAACAGUCAGCCAGGUGGUGGUGACGUCAUAACUGACAAGAGAAAGAAGCGUUGUGUUCGCCGGCCAAAGUUUACGUCCAGUCUGGAUGACUGAACUUUACUUUCAUAACGAAACAAUAACUGUUAAAAAAGAGUGAGUAAUACUACUGACUGCUUAAGAGGCUGGUAUGCUGCGUCCGCAGGCAUGCAAAACGUUCCAGUGAUUGAUUAUUAGAAGGUUGCAACUAGUCCUCUCGAAUCGUAAUCUUUUCAAAAUCCGCUGAAGCGUUAUAUCUAUUUUUCUCACCUCCUAAUCUACAAAAAUUACAUGCUG